AUGGACGACGGUACCAUAGAUACCAUGAGGGUGGUACGUUCUCUUGACGAGAUUGAAGAACUAAUAGCAGAUGGCAAACUAAUCAUCAACCACAUAGCCUACCUCUAUCCCAAUGAUGAGCAGGAACUCGAUCGUCUAGACAUGCAGCACCAUAUGUUCAAGCUCAUCAACGAGGGUCGCUUGUUCUUCGCCCCCGUGGAGAACCCCCAACGGAUUCUCGACAUUGGUACGGGCUCUGGCAUCUGGCCGAUGGAAAUGGCACCCAUCUUCCCACAAGCCGAAAUCAUAGGCACAGACCUCUCACCCGUGCAGCCGACAGAAGUACCCGAAAACGUCCAUUUCCUCGUCGACGAUGCCACCGAAGACGACUGGUUAUGGGAAAAUGACCAUUUCGACUUCAUCCACAUUUCCCACCUGACGGGGUCUCUGCCUUCGUACAAAGCCCUGCUCCGCAAGGCCAUGCGUUACCUCAAACCCGGCGGCUACAUCGAAUGCCACGAGCUCGACCCCAAGCCUCGCUGCGACGAUGGCACAAUGCCGCCAGAGAACCCAGACGGCUUCUGCGAUUAUGCUCUGCACGACUGGUUCGAUCUCAGUGUGCGAUCGGGCCAAGUGUCAGACCCGCCCAGGCAGUUUCGGGUUGCUCCCCGUAUGGCCCAGUGGAUGAAUGAUUUGGGAUUUGUUGAUGUACAGAGUCGCAAGUCCAAGCUGCCCACGAAUCCAUGGCCGUCGGAUCCGCAUCUGAGCAAUAUCGGCUCGUGGAGCGAGACCAACUGGCUCGAGGCGUUGUCGGGUUGGUCGUACAAGCCUCUGAUGGUCCUGGGCUGGUCGAAGCCCGAGAUCGAAGUCUUCCUCGUCGAUGUGCGGAAGAGUAUUCAGAACCGGGACAUCCAUAGCUACACAGAGUUCCAUGUGGUGACCGGGAGAAAGCCACUUCCCGGGGAGCAGGGGCAAAGGUCUUGA